AUGGGAUGUUCUUCGUCGAAGCUGGACGAUGAAGAAGCCGUCCAGCUUUGCAAAGACAGAAAAAACUUCAUCAAGAAAGCCGUUGAACAUAGAACGAGAUUCGCAUCUGGUCAUAUGGCUUAUCUUCGAUCACUUAAACGACUAUCUGCCGCCCUUAAAGACUACGUUGAAGGCGAUGAACCUCGUGAAUUCUCUUUAGAUUCCUUCACCACACCGCUCGUACCCACGACCAAGAAAAUCACCCAACGGUUCGUCACUAUUUCACCGAAUUCCUUCACCAUCGAGCCCAAAGUGAACUACCUUCGAGCUGGGGGUGUGAACCCUACUGUUUUCGUUCAAGAACGGCCUCCGGGGUCGCCUGAAACCGUGCGAGUCGAGUCGUUUAACCAAUCUUCGGUUUACCAGUAUGCAACCGAUAGUUUCUUUCCGAUGCAACCACAAUCGCCACCUUUGUCUAUCUUUCAUUCCAGCCGACCAAAUUUGCCGCCCCCUUCGCCUCAAAGAUCUUCACAAUGGGAUUUCUUUUGGAACCCGUUUUCGUCUUUGGAUUAUUACGGGUAUCCCGCGACAAACAGCGAUCAUCAGAGCGUGUUCGAUGAUGAUAUCAAUGGAUUACAGCAAGUAAGAGAAGAAGAAGGGAUUCCAGAACUCGAAGAAGAAACAGAACAGGAAGAAACUGAUAACCAUAGAGUGAUCAGAAGAGCCAAAGUUCACGUGAAUUGUGAUCACGAAGAUGAAGUUACGGUUGAAGAUGUUGAUGACGAUGAUGAGUUUGAAACGGACGGUGGGGAUGAAACGGAAACUGAACACGAAGCGGAAUCCCCGCCAUUGACGAAUAAAAGUCAGAAUCUUGAGGUUUCGAAGGCACAGAAUUUAGGGGAAGUCUCAAAUAAUGGAACGGCAGAAGUUGUUUCGAAUCAAGAAAGCGCUAAAAUCGAAGGGACACCAGGGUUCACGGUUUAUGUGAAUCGAAGGCCAACGAGCAUGUCCGAAGUUAUUAAAGAUCUUGAAGCUCAAUUCACGAUCAUCUUUGAUUCAGCGAAAGAGCUUUCAGCUAUGCUAGAGGCUAACCGGGCUCAUUACUCAUCAACCUCACACGAACUCACAGCUAUGAAGAUAUUAAAUCCCGUGGCUUUACUGCGUUCUGCAUCAUCUUCUCGCUCAAAUUCAUCGAGAUUCUUGAUGAACUCUUCGGGCAUUUCAAAAGAUGAAGGUUAUGCUAGCAGCAGUGAUUUGUCCGAUGAGUCUAGUUUGUUUCACAACAGUCAUCAAUCAACGCUCGACAAACUAUAUGCCUGGGAGAAAAAACUCUAUCAAGAAGUCAAGGCUGGAGAACGGGUUCGUAUAGCGUACGAGAAGAAAUGUGUUCAACUUAGGAACCAUGACAUUAAAGGUGACGACUACUCUUCGGUCCAUAAAACAAGAACGGCCAUUAGAGAUUUGCAUACGCAGAUUAAGGUUUCUAUACACUCGGUUGAAGCCGUGUCGAAAAGGAUUGAAACUUUAAUGGAUCAAGAACUUCAGCCACAACUUCUCGAAUUGAUCCAAGGGUUAUCACGAAUGUGGAAGGUAAUGGCCGAGUGUCAUCAAAAUCAGAAGCGAACCCUGGAUGAAGCCAAGAUGUUACUAGCCGGGACCCCCUCGAAACCGAAGUACACACCAAUUCAUUCUAGUGAGCCACACCGGCUAUCCCGCUCGGCUUCCAAUCUUGAAGCUGAGCUACAAAACUGGAAAUCUUGUUUUGAAUCAUGGAUCACAUCACAAAGAUCCUACAUUCAUGCAAUCACAGGCUGGUUACUACGGUGCACCGGAUCGAACUCCAACAACACCUCAAAAUUCCCAUUCUCUCCCCGUAGGUCCACGGGGGGCCCACCGAUGUUCGGAGCCUGCAUGCAAUGGUCCAGAUUGCUCGACUCGAUCAGUGAGGUCCCGGUGCUGGAUGGGCUAGACUUUUUUGCAGCAGGGGUUGGUUCUCUAUAUGUACAAAAGUUAAAAGAAGGAGGUGGUGGUGGUUCGGGACGGACGGAAAUUGGAUCAUCGAGGCGGUAUGGCGGCGGCUCUGGAAUGGAGAUGGUGGAGAGCGGGCGGCCAGAGGAGGAGGAGACGGCGGAGAAAAUGGCUGAAGUUGCAAUUAAAGUAUUGUGUGCUGGAAUGUCUGUUGUUGUGAGUUCUUUAACAGAGUUUGCUCUGUGUUCAGCCCAAGGGUAUUCUGAUUUGGUGAAGCAGUGGGAGAGUGCCAAGUGUCCAGAAGGAAGUAGUGGGGCCAAAGGAUAAUAUCUCGGAUUCUUUUGAAUCUUUUUAUGUG